UGCACUUCUCUGGCUUUCUCAGGACCCAGGAAGCUUCCAGAGCAGCAGGAGCCUUGUUGCUAUCAGCCCAGGAUGAUCCUGAAGGCUGUGAUCCUGAGCCUGGCCCUGGUGGCUGUGUCUGGUGAUUCGGAAGAAGCUCUAGAUGACUUUCCUGUGAUCAAUGGUGACGAGGUGGCCACCGAGGUGUGGGACUACUUCAGCCAGCCGAGCACCAAUGCCAAAGAGGAAGAGGAGCAGAAAUCUGAACUGACCCAGAGGAUAAAAACCCUCUUCCACAAUCACAUCUGGGCAAGACUCACAAACAGGACCUUCACCUACGACGUGGAGGAGCUGGUGUCCUUUGCUGUCAGCCUGCACCAAAACCUCACCAAGGACUCGGAGAAGCUGAAGGAGGAGAACCGGAAGGAGCUUGAAGAGCUGCGGGCCAAGAUGGUGCCCCACGCCCCAAAGGUGAGCCAGAUCAUCGGGGACACUGUGCAGCAGCUGCAGGGCUAUGUGUCCGCGUACCCUGAAAUGAUACACAGGGAUGUCGACCGACUGAGGUGGAUGAUGGAUAUCCAUAGUAAGAAGAUCAUAAAACCCAUAGAAACAGCGCUUCGUGACCAGGCGGACAACCUGCAGGCCCUGCUGACUUCUGCCAUUGACCAGAUCCAGACAAAGAUCUGGACGUACAUAAGUGAAUUAGAAGUGAGGCAAGUGACAUACAUAAUGGAACUCAAGAACAGACUCAACCGCAGCGUGGAGGAGCUGGGCCGCAAUCUCGCCCCUUUCGCGCAGGGCGUGCAGGAGAAGCUCGACCACCAGCUGGAGGGCCUCUCCCUCCAGAUGAAGAAGCACGCCGAACAGCUGCAGGCCAACGUCUCUGCCGGCUACCAGCAUUUGUGGCCACGGCUGAAGGUCCUGAUAGAGGAUGCGCGGGAAACGCUGAGGGGCCACACGGAGCAACCAGACAAGGCACUGGCCGAGCUGUACAAACGACUGGACCAGCAGCUGGAGGAAUUCCAGCGCUCUCUGGCCCUGUUUGAAGAGCCUUUCUCACAAGGGAUGGUGCAGCUGGUGAAUAUGUUCGGCCAGAAGCUGGGCCCCAACCCGGGGCACGGGGAAGACUAUUUGAUCUUCCUGGAGAAGGACCUGAAGGACAAGGUCAAGCCCUUCUUCCGCCGGAUCCAGAAGGAGAGUCACGACAAGCUCCUUGCCCUGCAGAAUCAGGGCAAGAACCUAACCCUCUUAGAGCAGGCACAGAGCCCCGCCCAGUAAGCGAAAAUCCCGCCCCUUUAGAGCAGAGCCACGCCCCUUUAGAACAGAACCACGCCCCCUCAGUGCAUAGACAUGCCACUAGUCUUAGCCCUUUCCCUUUGUCAUAGAACCAGUCCCUUUGGCCAGGAAAUCUGUCCCUGUGGAGAGCUGAGCUGAGCUGUCCCUGGUGCUCCGGCUCCUCCCAUGCCAGAGAUUCCUGCCUCCUCUGACCCAUCUCUCUGCUGGUCCCACGUGGGUCAUGUUUCAGAUGGGGACACGUGGCCUGUGGAAAGGACCUUACUCUUUGCAACUAAAUAAAGCAACAGAAAAUCA